CCCCCACCCCAGAACAGCAGUCAUUCAAGAUCAAGUUGUAUAAACCACACUUAAAAGACAAUUGGAGAAUUUUGAAGUUGAGCAUAAUCAUACACUGACAAGAAAAAGAUGAAGUGAGGAAUUACCUUCAACACCGCCAAGUAAGAUCAGAACUAUUAACGUGAAAACUUCUCAAAAUCUAUCAUCUUACAAUGAAGAACUUUCAUUAGAUUCAGACUUGGACGUCAUAAAAUCCAUUCUACUUAUGAAUGUCUUUCUUAUUUUCUCUUCACAACAAAUACCAGUUGGUCUCAUUGAGCCUAUUAAUGUAGAUGGAAUUAAACCUAUUUAUUCAAUCCCACUUUUGAAAGACAAAAAGAAAAAAAUGGCAAGAAAAUAUAUAAACUGUGACUUAGUGGACGAAGUCUUAAAAUCAUAUCAGACACAAGUUAUGCUGAGCGAGAAGUUGGUGUAUAAUAAUGUUGAUAUAUUGAGUUUUGCCUGCUCAAAAAUAAAUAGAUCUGAAUUAUCAAAAAGCCCUUUAUCCAUCAGUGUUGUCAAUAUUCACAACAAUUGUACUAAAUUUCUACCUCCUGAUUUCAAAAGAUUUAUAGCAGAUCAGUUCCAUGAUUGUGAAACUGAAGCUGUCAAUUUUACUGAUAAAAUGAUUUAUUGACAAAUUUGUAGUGGAUUGUGAGAAAGAUGUAUUGAAAUU